GCGGGCAGGCGGGCGGGCGGGCGAGCACCCUGGCCGGCGGGGCCCAAGGCGCGCCCCGCGUCCCAUGGAUAUAGCAACAGGUCCCGAGUCGCUGGAGAGGUGCUUCCCCCGCGGGCAAACGGACUGCGCCAAGAUGCUGGACGGCAUCAAGAUGGAGGAGCACGCCCUGCGCCCCGGGCCCGCCACUCUGGGGGUGCUGUUGGGCUCCGACUGCCCGCAUCCCGCCGUCUGCGAGGGCUGCCAGCGGCCCAUCUCCGACCGCUUCCUGAUGCGAGUCAAUGAGUCGUCCUGGCACGAGGAGUGUUUGCAGUGCGCGGCGUGUCAGCAAGCCCUCACCACCAGCUGCUACUUCCGGGAUCGGAAACUGUACUGCAAACAAGACUACCAACAGCUCUUCGCAGCCAAGUGCAGCGGCUGCAUGGAGAAGAUCGCCCCCACGGAGUUUGUGAUGCGGGCGCUGGAAUGCGUGUACCACCUGGGCUGCUUCUGCUGCUGCGUGUGUGAGCGGCAGCUGCGCAAGGGCGACGAGUUUGUGCUCAAGGAGGGCCAGCUGCUGUGCAAGGGGGACUACGAGAAGGAGAAGGACCUGCUCAGCUCCGUGAGUCCCGACGAGUCCGACUCUGUGAAGAGCGAGGACGAGGACGGGGACAUGAAGCCGGCCAAGGGGCAGGGCAGCCAGAGUAAAGGCAGUGGGGACGACGGGAAAGACCCCCGGAGGCCCAAGCGACCCCGGACCAUCCUCACCACGCAGCAGCGAAGAGCCUUCAAGGCCUCCUUCGAGGUGUCCUCCAAGCCCUGCCGAAAGGUCCGAGAGACGCUGGCGGCAGAGACAGGCCUCAGCGUGCGUGUGGUCCAGGUGUGGUUUCAGAACCAAAGAGCCAAGAUGAAGAAGUUGGCGCGGCGGCACCAGCAGCAGCAGGAGCAGCAGAACUCGCAGCGGCUGGGCCAAGAGGUCCUGUCCAGUCGCAUGGAGGGCAUGAUGGCUUCCUACACGCCAUUGGCCCCACCCCAGCAGCAGAUUGUGGCCAUGGAGCAGAGUCCCUACGGCAGCAGCGACCCCUUCCAGCAGGGCCUCACGCCGCCCCAAAUGCCAGGUGACCACAUGAACCCCUAUGGGAACGACUCCAUCUUCCAUGACAUCGACAGCGAUACCUCCUUAACCAGCCUCAGCGACUGCUUCCUCGGCUCCUCAGACGUGGGCUCCCUGCAGGCCCGCGUGGGGAACCCCAUCGACCGGCUCUACUCCAUGCAGAGUUCCUACUUCGCCUCCUGAGAGCCAGCCGGCCGCUUGGACGCUUGGGCCAGGGCCUGGGAGGGGGGGGCCUGCGGCCGCCAGGGCCAGCCCCACCGCCCGCACAGACUCUACACACAGCCAUACGGUGCCCUUCCCCGGGCUGGCCGGGCAGGCAGACGGGCGCAGCCU